ACAAUAUAUAUCGUAAAAAGUUACACUCUGAGCAUCACCCAUUCUGUGGCUAGCCAGAAGGAAGGAUGCUCUCGUGGGUCUUUAGCUGUUUCAUAGGCCUUUGCCUCUUCCAAAGUCAUGUGAAAGCCCAGCUGGAGGGUGAUGGAUCACCGACCUGUACUUGCCUGGAUAACAAUGCUGAAUACUGCAAUCUUGUCAGAGAGAAAUGUAAAAGCGAGUGGAGGGAUUUUCAGGAUCCAUGUUAUGUCAACAAUGCGUAUGAGUGCAGUGGCUGUAACGGGGGCCCUUGUGACUGUGUCUACAACACGGUGGAUGACACGGUGUCAGGAGUCUGUCAAACAGAGGGGGCGGAGAGAAAAAGAUACGUACAAGAUAAAGGCACAGGGACGAAUAGGAGAAAAUCUAACCGGAGCAUCAAAAAAUAUUCAAAAGGUAGAAAGCCAAGACCAUAUUCAAAACGUACAAGAGGUCCAAAACCAUAUUCAAAGAGGAGAAAACCCAAUCAAGCAAGACCACAUCCGAGGAGAAAGCCCAGCCAUAAAAGACCAUUUCCAAGGAUCCGUCGAAGAAGAUCCGGUUCUAGACGCAAACCGGAUGACGACUGUUCUUAUUGAAAGUGAUGGUUAAUUCAGUAACCUAAAGGUGUUGUGAAAAAAGUUUUGAUCACAUCAAAAAUAAAUAUUUUAAAAUCUUA